CCCGCCCCGGCCGGAGCCGCCAUGUAACCGGCGCCGCCCGGAGCCCAGCCGCGCGCGGCCCCCGGCCACCCGCCUGCCAUGGGGGACGAGGAUGAGGACGAGGGCCGCGCCGUGGAGCUGCGGAUCACUGACGCCAAUCUGACUGGGCACGAGGAGAAGGUGAGCGUGGAGAACUUCGAGCUGCUCAAGGUGCUGGGCACGGGAGCCUACGGGAAGGUGUUCCUGGUGCGGAAGGCGGGUGGGCACGACGCGGGGAAGCUGUAUGCCAUGAAGGUGCUGCGCAAGGCAGCCCUGGUACAGCGCGCCAAGACGCAGGAGCACACGCGCACCGAGCGCUCUGUGCUGGAGCUGGUACGCCAGGCGCCCUUCCUGGUCACCUUACACUACGCCUUCCAGACGGAUGCCAAGCUGCACCUCAUCCUGGACUAUGUGAGUGGCGGCGAGAUGUUCACCCACCUCUACCAGCGCCAGUACUUUAAGGAGGCCGAGGUGCAGGUGUAUGGGGGUGAGAUCGUCCUGGCCCUGGAGCACCUGCACAAGCUGGGCAUCAUCUAUCGAGACCUGAAGCUGGAGAACGUGCUUCUGGACGCCGAGGGCCACAUCGUGCUCACGGACUUCGGCCUGAGCAAGGAGUUCCUGACCGAGGAGAAAGAACGGACUUUCUCCUUCUGCGGCACCAUCGAGUACAUGGCCCCCGAAAUCAUCCGUAGCAAGGCCGGGCAUGGCAAGGCUGUAGACUGGUGGAGCCUGGGCAUCCUGCUCUUCGAGCUGCUGACGGGCGCCUCGCCCUUCACACUGGAGGGGGAGAGGAACACGCAGGCCGAGGUGUCCCGACGGAUCCUGAAGUGCUCCCCUCCCUUCCCCCCUCGGAUUGGGCCCGUGGCGCAGGACCUGCUGAAGAGGCUGCUGUGUAAGGAUCCUCAGAAGAGGCUGGGCGCCGGUCCCCAGGGGGCACAGGAAGUCAAGAGCCACCCCUUCUUCCAGGGGCUAGAUUGGGCUGCCUUGGCUGCCAGGAAGAUCCCAGCCCCAUUCCAGCCCCAGAUCCGCUCGGAGUUGGAUGUGGGCAACUUUGCGGAAGAGUUUACCCGGCUGGAACCUGUCUACUCCCCUUCUGGCAGCCCCCUGCCUGGGGACCCUCGAAUCUUCCAGGGUUACUCCUUCGUGGCGCCAUCCAUCCUAUUCGACCACAGCAACGCGGUGAUGGCCGACGCGCUGGAGGCGCCGGGCCCCGGAGACCGGCCGGGCCGGGCGGCGGUGGCCAGGAGCGCCAUGAUGCAGGACUCGCCCUUCUUCCAGCAGUACGAGCUGGAUCUGCGGGAGCCCGCGCUGGGCCAGGGCAGCUUCUCCGUGUGUCGCCGCUGUCGCCAGCGCCAGAGCGGCCAGGAGUUCGCGGUGAAGAUCCUCAGCCGCAGGCUGGAGGCGAACACGCAGCGCGAGGUGGCCGCCCUGCGGCUGUGCCAGACGCACCCCAACGUGGUGAAUCUGCACGAAGUGCAUCACGACCAGCUGCACACCUACCUGGUCCUGGAGCUGCUGCGCGGCGGGGAGCUGCUGGAGCACAUCCGGAAGAAGCGGCACUUCAGCGAGUCCGAGGCCAGCCAGAUCCUCCGCAGCCUCGUGUCGGCCGUGAGCUUCAUGCACGAGGAGGCGGGCGUGGUGCACCGCGACCUCAAGCCCGAGAACAUCCUGUACGCGGACGACACGCCCGGCGCCCCCGUGAAGAUCAUCGACUUCGGGUUCGCCCGGCUGCGGCCGCAGAGCCCGGCGGGGCCCAUGCAGACCCCCUGCUUCACGCUGCAGUACGCGGCCCCCGAGCUGCUGGCGCGGCAGGGCUACGACGAGUCCUGCGACCUCUGGAGCCUGGGCGUCAUUCUGUACAUGAUGCUGUCGGGGCAGGUCCCCUUCCAGGGGGCCUCGGGCCAGGGCGGGCAGAGCCAGGCCGCUGAGAUCAUGUGCAAGAUCCGGGAGGGCCGCUUCUCCCUCGAUGGGGAAGCCUGGCAGGGCGUGUCGGACGAAGCCAAGGAACUGGUCCGAGGGCUCCUGACCGUGGACCCCGCCAAGCGGCUGAAGCUCGAGGUUCGAGGCAGCUCGUGGCUGCAGGACGGCAGCGCCCGCUCCUCGCCCCCGCUCCGGACGCCAGACGUGCUGGAGUCCUCGGGGCCCGCCGUGCGCUCGGGGCUCAACGCCACUUUCAUGGCCUUCAACCGGGGGCAAGCGGGAGGGCUUCUUCCUGAAGAGCGUGGAGAACGCACCCUGGCCAAGCGGCGCAAGCAGAAGCUGCGGAGUGCCGCUGCCUCCCGUCGAGGCUCCCCCGCGCCUGCCGCCUCAGGCCGGGCCCCUGCCACUGCCAAGGGGCCCCCCGCCGAGCCAACGGCCCCCUGCCUCCCUCCUAGCCCCUGCCACUGUGAGGAACCCCUUCCUUGAGCGCUGGCUGGAGCUGUGACCUGGGAGGCCCCGCACCGAUCCCCAGGAAUCGCCCUUCUCUUCCCAACCCCAUUUCCUGACAGAGCAGAAGUAUUUUUAUAAGCAGAGAAUUUUUUAUGUCUUACCAGGUAGUUAGCGAUGCAGGGAAGGGGGGAACAUGGUGAGGAGGGGGAGCUCUUCCAAGACACCACCUUGUCUGGGCAAAAGGCCUGCUGUAGGGUCUGCCCUACCGGGGGAAGGGCUCCUCUCCCCAUCCUGCCCACCGUUCUCUCCUGAAGCCUUGUUUCUAGGAGGGGGCACCCCUCAAGAUGUCACUUUAUGGACUGUGCAAUUAUGUCCACCAAAGACCUGUGUUGGAGUGAGACCCGGGGGGGGGGUGUCCCCUGAACCAUUUGUCUCACGAUGUCACCUGCUCCUCCCCUCUUAGGUCUAAGCAAGGAGGAGGCCCUCCCAAACGGGGUGGCACUCUUCUCACCCAUCCACGCCCCUUGGGCACAGCUGCUCCUGGCCGAGGGUGGGGUCCUGGGGGGUCCGGAUGGGGCAUCCAUGGUUCCUGCCUCAGCUCCUCCAGGCUGUGCCUUUGACUUCAAAUAAAAGUUCACCCAGUG